AGAUAUUCUCAUCCACCAUCUUGGUUUUUGUUGAUUAGUAGGUUAUAGUACAAUUAGUGACAAAGGUUUCAAUAUCGUUAUAUAAUGGGGAGAUGUGUGGCAUGUGGUGCGAGAUCGUCUUUGUCAAAUAAAAUAAAAACUUGUUCAUUUCCAAAAAAUGAAGAAAGGAGGAACAGCUGGAUUAGAGCAUUCAACAAACCAAAUUGGAUGCCAACAAAUAACUCGGUUCUUUGUGAAAAACACUUUGGUCCAGAAAUGAGGGAGAAGGUACGUGUGGAUGGAACAAAAAAAUUAAUAGCAAAUGCAAUACCAACAUUAUUUGAAAGACCGAAUGUUUAUGGAACUGUGAAUUUCAGUAAAACAAUGAUUGAAGUGCAGAAUGCAGUUUCUAAUAAUCAGGAGAUACCCACUGAACUUGAUGAUGUAAAUACCAACAGGCAAGGACAAAUGAAUGUUUUCAGACCAAAUGAUAUGGAUGUAUAUGUGGAGAAAAAAUGUACAAUUGAAGCAGUCGAAGAUAUUCCACAGAACAUAAGCGACAAUGAAGUCAUCAAAGAAGAGCGAAAUUUUUUGGAGUUGCAAUCGAAUUGCAAUGGUGACAACGCUUUAAAAAAUACUUUAUGCGAAGAACAGCUACGAGAAAUGACGAAGAAACUCAAACGUAUGACAAAGAUGUACCAGAGAAGUGAAAACUUGCGGAAACGGAUGAAAGUCGAACACAUGAAGACAAGGAAAUUGCUUCAAAAAAAGAUACAAUUAUUAUCGGCAAAUGCGAAAACCUCUAUUAUGGGAUUCUCUAAAUGUUUUAUCUACAAUUGUCGUUAUCGUUAAUUUGCGACAGCCAAUAAGAGCUGCUUUUUUUUCUAGGAUUGUACCGCCAUUGGCUGUGUGUUGCUAGUUAAUGAUAGCAAUAAUCAUUGAUAAGACGUUUAGAGAAUCCCGCUACUGGUAUCCUAUCGAAAAUUUUAGGUGAAGACCAAAUUAGGUUUCCGGUGAGAACCUAAAGUACGUGAACGGUCUGAUGCUACAGUAGUUGAAACUUAUCAGCUAAAAUUUUCGUGCGGGCGCUCAAGUUAUGCUCAGUUGAUCAAAUAACAGUGGCCUUUAUCAUCCUUUGAAGAACUUCGACGAAAUUAGAGUUGUGGAAAUUUAGAAGCCGGAUUUCCGAUAAAAUUUUUUAUUUUUUAUGCAUAAAGUGUUGCUAAUUUGAAAUCGAUAUUCAUAAAGAUUGCGAAAUUCAUAAUUCUUGAUGAAAUGAGUACAAUCGCUAACAAUAAAUUUGAUCCUUUUGUCAGUAAAGUUAUUGGACAUUACAUUGCCAAAUUAUAGAGGAAUCGAUGGUUUAGUGUUUAUGCUUGCCAGUAUUGCUCAUCGUUGAAAGUGUUUGCGUAUUAUUAUACCGAGAAUAAAGUUGAUGGUUCUAGUUUUACAUGUUAUUUUGGAGAUCGUGAAAAGAGCAGAAGAAAUCCGGUUGCAUGGAGUAAUAUCGGACAUGGGGGGGAUUGACUAAUUGGACAAUGUGGAAAGCCUUCGACAUUAACGCAGCCAGAUUUUCAAUGAUAUUCUUGCACACAUCUGUUUGAUGAAAAAAGGCUAUUUUUCUUCCACAAUACUCUACAUGCUUUAAAAAAUUUAAAGGAAAGUUUUCUUAACAAUGACUCUUUUAAAAUUCCUCCAUUAUUUGUUGAAAAAUACGCAUUGUCAUCGAUCAAAAUUUGCGUAGAUCAUUUUCCAAAAUUAAUUUCUGAGCAAGAGACCAUCUUUUUGGCCAUCAAUUUAAGCCAGCACGUAAAUUGGAAAGAGAAUUGUUGAAUAAGAAAAGGCAUUUUAUGAAAAUGUGCAUUAACAAUGCAACUAACGUAAUGAGCCGUGUCAGCUCCACAACUUGAACUAUUAGCGGAUGAAAUUGAUGUACCACAGUUGGAAAUCUCUUAGUUUAUUCGAAUCAUUGCGAAGUGGUUCCAGAUUAACGAAUCGAAAAGUUUAUUUAGUUCUGGGAAAUUUGUCUAGAAAAGUAUACAGAAGUAAUCAAUUUUUUAUGAGAAAUUGUAGAGCUGCUUUCCUCAUUAAAAGUCGGCGAGACGGGAUUGGAAACCAUUCCAAAUGGGCAUGAUUAUUUCAACAAUAUCGGCUAUUGAAGUUACUACCUAUUUACUUCGAGAGUUUCGAUUUUCUUCUAUUGAAUAAAUUCACACAGGAUUGUAUCGAGAAUUGAGGAUUCCGCUGGAGCUAGUGCUUUGUAACUUCGUGAGAAAGUACCUUUUCAAGUUUCAUCUUGUAUUAAUACUCCAUUGAGGUUCGUUAUACUCAAUCUGGAAAUUUCUAACCAGAGGAGCGAAAAUAUUGCACGAGACGGAUCUAUUAUUCGAAUGUAAAAAAAUCCUAGAAGCCAUAUUCCUGAAUCGUGAAUCUACCGAAAUUGCUAAGAUUCGUACGGAGUAGAGGCGAGUCAAAGUUCAUUGGUUUUCUUCUAAACAAAUACGUUCGGAGUAAAGGCACAGUACAUACAGAAGUGUGUGUGUGUGCAAGCAACUCCCUGUCGGCACCUUUGAUGUGAGCAUGGCCAAAUGGAGUGUGCAUGUGCGAAAUAAGCAAGUGACCUAAAUUGCCAUGGUUACUACCUAAACUUCUUUCUCUUUUCAUCCUUUUUUCGCUCUGUCGAAACUCACUAGAAUUAUUCGCGUCGCACUCCAACAAGUGCGUUGGAGUGAGUAAGAGCUGUUGCAUAUUAGAGCAUGCAACGCGAAUAAACUACUGUUACAAUGAAAUAAUC